CAGAGGCACCUGUAAAGCUCAGUCCCCGCUCCUCCCCUCUCCAGGUUUCAGUAGCCACACCCACUUACACAAAUGUGGUGGGUGGGAGGGUAACCCGGUCCCGCCUAUCCGGUAGAGCAGGAUUUCCUGACUUCAGCUUCGUUAAGCUUGUGGACUUCAACUCCCAGAAUUCCCUAGUCGGGUGGAGAGUUGAAGUCCCCAGUUUAAAGUUGCUGAAGUCGAGAAACGCCGCCGUGAAGGCUCCCCUCCCUUGCUCUAUUGCGCUUGCGUAACUAUGGCGGCGCCCAGUUCGGCGAUGGAAGCGGCUGCGCUGGGACCGGAGGAGCUUGUGUGCGCGAGUGGGCGGAACCGUAAAACCGUGCUUUGCCAGCGCUGUGGCUCCCGCGUCCUUUUGCCCGGAGCUGCAACCUUCACACGCAGAGAGCUGUUUCUUCCUGCUAUGAAGAAGAAGACCGCUUUGGUGACAAACGGUGACCUAGAAGGGGAUGUUUUGCAGGACCACUGGCUAGUCGAGGACAUGUUUUCUUUUGAAAAUGUUGGUUUCACCAAGGAUGUUGGAAAUGUAAAGUUCCUGAUCUGUGCAGACUGUGAAAUUGGCCCUAUUGGCUGGCACUGCUUGGAUGAUAAAAAGAGUUUUUAUGUGGCCUUGGACCGUGUUUCUCAUGAAUGAAAUGCUCAUAGGUGACCAAAAGUGGCUUCUAGGCACCUGAUUACACCACAUUCUAAAUAACUUUCCAAGUUUCUCAAUUUGUAGGCUUGAAACAUGGCCUCAAUAUGUAGGCUUCAAACUGGCACAAAUGAAAUACCCUUUUCAAAUGCAUCAAUGGAAGUGCUUAUAUUGCUUGUUGAGUUGCAACCCAUUUGAACCUGACCAAAUUUGGACUGAUAUUUAAUAAUGUGCAAUUACUGGUAUGUGCAUAUACUUUGAAACACACAAUUCCAUGCAAAUUGGCAAUUCAGUUUCCUUAGUGAAAAAGGAAAGAUAAUCCUGAAUUUUGUCCUCUGUAAAAUAAUAGUGUAAUACAACAGGGAAUAAGGCUUCUGAUUUAUUGGGAGAGAAGGAAGCGUACCAUAUUGUGAUGUAUGGCUUUCUACUCUGUUCUGGAUAAAAGAGUAAACAUUUGUGAUUUUGAUGUUUACUGAUAUCUAAUGUUUACAAAUAUCUGAAUUUUCACUUCAUGAUCAUUGUUAAUUAAAAGCCAGUCGUUAGGUACAGGUCAUCUUAAUUACAAAAAUAGUCAAAGUGCAGGAAGUAAUAAUGGAAAAUGGAAACUGAAUUUUUAAAUUGAAUUGAAAUCAUGCAUUUUAAUUUAUAUAUUAUAUGUAUUGGAAUUACCAAUAGCUAAUGAAAAAGGGCUCAUUCUAAUAGGUGUAAUCUUACAUUUUCUGUAUAGAACCUCCAUUAUUAAUCUUUUUUCUAAAGCUACUGUAACACAACUCAUUACUGAUGUCGCUUGGGAUAAUAUGGUCAAUCAAUCACGCAGAAUCAUUUAGUCUAGUUAAGAAUGCUAUCUGAAUGUGGGCCCUUUAUUUUUCAUCUGUCUAGGAGAAAAUAGAGAAUAGGCCAUGUUUUGUUCUCUGGUUUCUAUAAUGUACCAAACCGCUCAUUUAGAUGUCAAGUUUAGAAUGUUCUCCCAGGCUUGGGAGUAGGGUGGAUAUUGAACCAAUCAGUUGCCUUUUGUUAUAUUGUACUUUUUGGCAAUAUGCCUGCUUUUCUGUUCAGUUUUAUGAUUCCUUUUAAUUUUAAUUGUAAAAUAUCCAGGGUUGUUUGGACUUGGGCUGCCUCUGAAUUUCAAUAAAUAAAAAUAAGCUGUGUGAAA